AUGGAGAGCCGAAUCGCGAUCGCGCUCAUCGCGGUGGCGCUGCUGUGCGGCGCCGCCCCGGCGGUCGCGCAGACCAAGACCCAGAUCACGGUCGUCGGCGACUGGGCCAAGAACACCCCGAGUUCCGUCGCGGCCAACUCGCUGUGCUCCGCCGGGUACUUCUUCGACCCGGCGGGGCUGGAGUGCAACCAGUGCCCCGCGGGCUCGUCCGUCGACGGGUUCGGAUGCGCGUGCCCCGCGAACACCCGAUGGGUCGCGGGCACCGGCGUCGCCCCCUACGGCGCGUGCACGGCGUGCGAGACGAACACCACGCUCUCGUGGGACAACUCCACCUGCAUGGCGUGCGACGCAUCCAACGGCGCGUCCCUCAACGCCGCCAAGACCGAGUGCGAGUGCCUCACGAACGCCGGCGCCGACGACCUCACCAAGGUGCUCGUCGAGUUUGACGAGAGCGGCGCGAGGUACGGCGCGGGUAAGCGCUGCGUCGCGUGCCCGUCCCCCGACGGAUCGGCGGCGGGGGCGAGGGACGUCACUCAAAACGGCAAGUGCAUCUCGUGCGAGCGAAUUCGCAAGAAGGACGGAACCGGUUGGAUCCAGAUGACGUACGACGCCGCGACGAAGACGUGCUCGUGCCCCAGCGGCAGCGAUUACGACUGCUUCGACCUCGCCGCCAAGAAGUCGUCGCUCACCACCGCCUACUCCACGGUGACUUUUGACUCGACGGCCAACACCCUGGUGUACUCGGACAUGGGCGCGUCGAUACAAUCCGCCACCGUCAUCAGCGAUUGGUUCGCGAACAACCUCAUCGAGCAGGCUCACCUGUGCAACAGCUACGGCAACACCACCGCGUGCAACGCCGUGGCCAACGCGUGCGUCCUGGCGAUGUACUCCAGCAGCCACGCGGCGUGUAAGCUCUACGCCGGGAUGCGCGACAAGCGAACCGCGUCUCAGUACCACCAGAGCGACGCGAGCACCAAGGUUAACCCCAAGCUUGACUGGUCCGAGACGCUCCCGUGGCUGUAUUACUCCACGGGCGACUACGCGUCUCGCGCCGACGUGGGCCUGACGAUGUCCUUCUCCGUCCCCGCCGAGAACGAGUACGCCGUCGUGUCCAACCUCGUCUUUGUCCUCUCCGUUUCCACGCUCUCGGGCGAGUGGCUCGGGUUUAGGCCCGUGGGCAAGCUGCUCCAGCUGUGCGGGGGCCGCGAGGACGACCUCCAGGCGUGGGCGCGAUUCGGCACCAACUACUUCAACGAUUGCUCCUUACCCGUCGCCGACGCCCUCGACGCCGCGCGGGGCAUGGGCAUCUCCACCGCCGGCGAGACGCUCUUCUUCGACCUCUACCUCCAGGACCUCGGCGGGGUCGCGCCGACGGCGAACGCGUGGCCGGAGCGACUGUACCCGGUCCCCAUCAAGGUUAACAACAUCGCCGAGAACUCCAACGCCGCUUUGGACGACGAUAAGUUCGUCCGCCGCUUCUUCGUCAUCGACGAGACCGCGGGCGUGGCGUCGGGCACCAAAAAGGCUGUCACCUACAUGAAGAACAUCAAGUUUACCAUCACCGCGCGGUCCGACGAAAAGUCCAAGAUUUACCCCCCCGCCGUUUCCAUCACCUACGCCAGCAGGGACCCGUCCUUCGCCUACACCGUCGAAGACGGCGUCGGCUUCCAGUGCGAGUACACCGUGGACGACUCGUUCUGGACGACGUGGGACAACGUCUUCAUCACGUCCAUGGUCUUCUCGGGCGCGUACUGGGCGUACGGGAUGAUGCGAGUGUCCAGGCGUCGCAUCACCCGAGACGCCGACUCGUCGCUGAUGAUGUACGCGGUGGGCACGGGCGCCGCGUGCGUCGCCGGCGGCCUCGCGGUGGUGCUCAUCUUCGGCGGACUGUACUGGUUCCUCUUCUUCAAGGCGCAGCAGGAGGUGUACACUGUCGUGCCCAUGGACACGGAUUCGCGGGUCAAGAUGUUCAAGGAGGUGCUCGACGCCGCCGUCGGUCUCGCCGCCGUGGGCAUGGCGUACACCAUCGCGUGGCAGUGCAACUACGACAUCUUCUUCCUGGACUGGGAGAAACCGAGGGCCACGACGACGCCGCAGGGCCACGCUGUGAACGCGCCGGUGUCAGCCUGGCGCAAGAUGUUCAUCGCCAACGAGUGGAACGAGCUGCAGACGGAGCGGCUGACGUCGCGCGCCUUCACCCUGACCCUCAUGCUGCUGUUCCUGCUCGGCCUGGACUGGCAGAACAUGUGCGUGAUCGAGCCGACGCUCGCGACGGACGACCCAAAGCCCUACCAGGUCCAGUCCAUGCUCCUGCGAUUCGCCCUCGCCGCCAUCCUCAUGUGCGUCAUCGUCCUCUGCCAGGUUGUGUACAAGAUUGUCUGGCACCACAACUACGUCGAGCAUCCGAUCCAGCAGUUUGUCGACCUCCUCACGAUGGCCAACAUGUCCAUCAUCCUCCUCGACGACGAGUGCAGCGGCUACUACCUCCACGGCAGGUCCUUAAUGACGUUCUCGGACACCAGCAUGCAGGAGCUCAUGGCGCAGAUGCGACGCGAAGAGGAGAUGCAGGUGAGCGCGAGGGGUUUGGUUCCGAGCGCCGCGAGGGCUGAGCUCGCCGAAAACCAGGUCUUUGAGCUGUACAUCACGAAGGAGCUCCGCAUGGCGUACGAGAGUAAGCUGCUGCGGCGGAUCCAGGAGAGCGCCGCGAUGCAGGGCGGCGGUAUGAUGGGCGCGGCGGGCGCGCUGACCUCGCGGGGCGGCCGGCCCCGGGGCGGCGGCAUGGCGGGGUCGAUGGGUCGCAACGAGUACGGGCGGGGCGGCGGAUGGGGCGGCAUGGGAGGCGGCGGCAUGGGAGGCGGCAUGAUGGGGGGCGGCGGCAGCACCCUCGCGAGCGACCAGACGCUCGCGGCCGCCGAGGAGAUCGGCGACAUCUUCAAGCAGCUCAUCAACUUCACCGAGGCGAACGCGUCGUCGUUUGUGCUGGAGAGGCCGUUUUUCGACCGGAUCCUCAACAUGCCGCCGGAGAGCGUGUCCAUGAUGCAGGGCGCCUCGCCGGUCUUCUACCACGACUUCCAGAUGAACUUCCAGAAGGUCAUGUUCUACGGCAUCGAGUUCCAGCUCAUGAUCUUCGACCUCCUCGUGUUCACGGCGCUGGACAAGGAGUUCAACUCGUUUGCAAUCGCCGCGUUUCUCACCUGGCUCGUGGGCAUCUUCGUGGACCACUUCAGGCAGUCGUUCGGGGAGACGAACAUCUCGCGAAAGUCGCUCAUCGACGGAAGGUUCCUCAUCUAA